AUGGAAACUUUUAAAGAAACUGUAAACAAUGAAAAUGCUGCUGCUACUCAAGAAGCAGAAGAGGAAAAUGACUUAUUUGCAGAUUUAAAUCUAAAAACUGCAAAAACCACAACGACACAACAACAAUCUUUUUCAAAACAUCAGCAAACACCUUCACUCCCACCCAUUCUACCAGAUCAUCCUUCAAGUGUUCAAUGGGACACUAUUACCAAGCAAAUGGAACAAAUAGAAAUGGAAUUAUCAAAUUUAUACAAAGAACUAAAUCAAUUAUCAACAACUCAAUCACAAUUAUAUGAUAAUAGGAAUGAAAUUUAUAGAAAUUUAAUAGAGAAUUGGCAAAAAAUGAAAUCAUUAGAGACAGACCAAGCAAACUCUUUAACAAAAGAGGAUUAUGCAAUUGCUGAUCGACUAACACAAAAAAUAAAAGAACUACAAUCAUUCAUGAUGCAGAAAAAGAAUUUAUUGUCCAAUGUUGAUAAAACAUUGAAUCAAUUAUUUGGAAAACAAAUUAAUUUAUUAAGAAAAAUUAAUGAGUUGAAUGGAAGAUUAGAGAAGGAACUUUCAACACAAAAAAAUCAAGAAGAUGAAUAUUUAAGGCAAUUUAAAGCAGACAUGGAAAAUUUACAUACUGUUGAAGAUAGUCAUAUUAAUAAAUUGAGAGAAGAAAUUGAAAAAGAGAGAAGCAAUAUUGUGUUAGAUUUAGACUUAUGGAGUAAAGAAGAAUCAGAAUUAAAUGAAAAAAUUGAUGAGAAAACAAGAGACGAGAAAUUGGAACGGGAUUUAUUAAUGAAAAUUUUGGAUCUAUUAAAACAAAUUGAACAAUUGAAAAUUGAAGAAAACGACUUUAGUCAACAGAUUGGUGCAAUUGAUAAAAAAAUAGAAAGCCUAAGUCAAGAAUUUAACACUGACAGAGAAUCACUAGCAAGAGAAAAAUUUGAAUUAGACAAAAGAGGAAUUGAAAUUGAAAACAAUUUGAGACUAGUAGACGAACAAGAAAAUAAAUUACAUCAAAGAUUAGAGCAUUAUAAUAAACAAUAUGACUCGCGCAGAUUGGAAUUGGAAUUAUUGGAGAAACAUAUAGCUGAAAUUAAGAUUAAUAAUAAAAUUUAUAAUGAAGAAUUUAUUGAAAUUGAAAAAUUAGUUGAAAUGUUAAAAGAUAGAGCUCAAAGAGAUUUUGAUUGUGAAAAAGAAAUAUCAAAUGUUAGGAAGAAGUUAGAAGAAAUCGAUAGCGAAGUUAAACGUUUAACAUCUAAAGUUAUACAAGACCAACAAACAUAUUCAACAAUUCAACAAGAUAUUACAGCAAUCAACACUCAAAUACCAUCUUUAGAAGAACAAAAAAAAUUAGCAGUUUCUGAUGAACGUCAAAAAUAUUUAGAAUUAAAACGUUCAAGUUUAGGAAUUGAUCAAGAAAAUUUGAGAAAAGCAAGAGAAAAUUUGGAACAUUACAAUUUAGAGUUGGUUGAAAUCGAGGAAAAAAUUGGAUCUGAGUUACGUGAGGAAUUACAAGAAAUAUUGCUACAACUUCGAUCAAAAUAUGAUUUAUCAGUAGAAAAAAAUUUGACAAUAUUACAAGAACUAUUAAAACAUGAAAUCAAAGGAAUAGAAUAUCGUAUUGAAAAUAUUAAAUUAAGGUGUGGUGGUGGUGUAUUGUUGAGUGAUAAACAAGGUGGCGUGGAGGAUAAAGGAGAUUUAUCGAAAGAAAAUAAAUUAAUGAACAAUCAUCAAAAUCAAAAUAAUUUGGAAAAUUCAUUGAAUAAUAAAGUUGUUAAUGAUGAUGAUAAAGUUCGUCUUGAAGAGUUGGAAAAAAGAUUACAAGAGGCCGUGGGUCAUGAAGAUUAUCAUCUUGCAGAUCAAAUACAAAAUGAGAUUGGGAAAAUUCACGAGAACAUUUAA